AUGGCUUCAAGUGCGGUGAGCGCAUCGCAAAACAAACUGAAUGAGCUCUUGGAGGCUAUCCGCCAGGAGUUCGGUCAAAUCUCGCAAGAAGCAAACACGUAUCGGUUGCAGAACCAGAAGGACUAUGAUUUCAAGAUCAACCAGCAGCUGGCGGAGAUGCAGCAAAUCCGCAACACGGUCUACGAGCUGGAGCUGACGCACCGUAAGAUGAAGGACGCGUAUGAGGAGGAGAUUGGGCGACUGAAGUUGGAGCUGGACCAGCGCGACCGGCAGGUUGCCACGCUCGCAGCAGCAGCCCAGCAGCAGCAGCACCAGCAGCAGCACCAACAGCAACAACAGCAGCAUCAGCAACAGCAGCAACAGCAACAGCAGCAGCAACAACAACAGCAACAACAACAACAACAACAGCAGCAGCAGCAACAGCAACAGCAGCAACAACAACAACAACAGCAACAGCAACAGCAGCAACAACAACAGCAGCCCACGGGCCCUAUCCUAGCGUCUUCGAACGCCGCUACGCCUGGUAUCCAAAACCCAGUUCUUGGCUCGCAGGCCGUUCAGUCGCCAGCGCUCUCAGCAGCUGGCCCAGCAGCCCCGGCCCAAGCUCCGCGCUUGGCUGCUUUAGAGCCCUCGCAGACUGCCCCUACUAUUACCGCGCAGGCUCCGCACAUGAAGAAGCUUGCUUCCGAGCACCAAAUUAACAGUCCUCCAGUCCAAGGUGCAGGUAUUCCCACGGGGCCCGCAGUUUUGGCAGCGCCCGCUGCGCCUGGUACUCCAGGAACGCCAGCAGCUGCUCUCGCAGCGGCUGCUGCGCCCACACCACCAUCAGCUUCAGGGGGUCCACUAGCAGCACCCACUAACCAGGGCGCUGUCGCCCCUCCAGCUCCGAUGGCUCCCAUGGCCCCCAUCGCUGCUCCUGUCUCGGAAAACAAAUCCCAAGAGUACUAUUUAGUUCCCCCACACCAGCGUGCUAGCCACGCUAAGCCAAUCCCCCCCUUUUUACUUGACUUAGACUCUCAGCUGGUUCCUCAACAUCUAAAAAAGCAGACCAACGACUACUACAUUCUGUACAAUCCUGCAUUGUCCCGCGAGUUAGAUGUUGAUCUCCAUGUAUCGCUGGAUCACUCUUCUGUGGUGUGCUGCGUGAGAUUCAGUAACGAUGGUGAGUACUUAGCAACAGGGUGCAACAAAACCACUCAAGUCUACAAGGUUUCCACCGGUGAAUUGGUCGCCAGAUUGUCUGAAGAUGCUGCUUCCGCGCCAUCAGGCAACAGCGGCGAUGGCGCAUCUGGUGCUGAGAACGCAGAGCAAACCCCUGCUGUCUCAACCUCAGCGUCAUCAGACCUAUACAUUCGCUCUGUGUGCUUUUCUCCUGAUGGUAAAUUCUUAGCAACCGGUGCCGAGGAUAAACUUAUCCGCAUCUGGGACCUCACUACAAGAAGGAUUGUUAUGACAUUACAAGGCCACGAGCAAGAUAUCUACUCACUUGACUACUUCCCUUCUGGCGACAAACUUGUUUCAGGUUCAGGCGACAGGACAGUAAGGAUAUGGGACCUGCGUGCUGGUCAAUGUUCGUUAACACUAUCCAUUGAAGACGGUGUAACUACGGUUGCCGUUUCCCCUGGAGAUGGAAAGCUUAUUGCCGCCGGGUCUCUUGAUAGAACAGUGCGUAUCUGGGACUCAGAAACCGGUUUUUUGGUCGAGAGACUUGACUCGGAAAAUGAAUUAGGCACAGGCCACAAGGACUCAGUGUACAGCGUUGUUUUCACUAGAGAUGGCCACGGUGUUGUCUCGGGCUCUUUGGACAGGUCGGUCAAGCUGUGGAAUCUAAGAAGCGCCAACGGAGGAAGCACAGAAGGGAAAGCCAACACUGCUGCAAGCGAAGUUACAUACACUGGGCACAAAGACUUUGUUUUGUCCGUCGCAACAACUCAAAACGACGAGUUCAUACUUUCUGGCUCAAAAGAUCGCGGUGUCUUGUUCUGGGACACGCCUUCUGGAAACCCUCUGCUAAUGUUGCAAGGCCACAGAAACUCAGUUAUAUCUGUCGCUGUCGCUAAUGACCACCCACUAGGUCCUGAAUACGGCGUUUUCGCUACCGGAAGUGGUGACUGCAAAGCGCGUAUAUGGAAGUAUACCAAAAAAUCAGAGCCCAAGCUUAGGGAGGUCAAGGAAUAG